GCACCUUCUUCCAACACCUGCUCCGAAUCCUGGGCAGGACCAGGGGUUGGGGUCUGCGGCUGGCUGCGGGGGGUGGGGUGGGGGCGGCGUACCCACACCUGCUCGCUUCCAGGAGUUGGGCGCUCAGUGGGGCCGCAGAGCGGACCGGAGAGCGAGGGAUGCAAACCUUCAGCUCCGCAGAGAGGCAGAGACACCGAGAAACCCACACAAAGCGAGAGGGAGCGAGGGCCGGGCGGCGGCCGCCCUCCCUCUCUCCCGCCCUCGCGACGCAGCCCACUCCCGAGUCCAGCGCGCCGCACCUCGCCCAGCCCUGCGCCAGUCGCCACGUCCCGCAGGCUGCCGGCCCGGCCCCGCCCCUGCCGUCACCCUCGGCGGCUUUAACCCUCGCCUACCCGCCCCCCGCGCCGCCGCAAAGCCCCUAGAGCGGCUGCGGGUGGGCGCGGACACGCCGCCUCCCUCCGCCCUGCCCGGCGCGCGGCGCCCGGAGCUGACCGUGGUGCUGAGCGCGCGGCUAGGGCUCGGACGCGGCGCGCGGGGCCGGGUCCCGGCCGCGCCCUGUCGCACUCCUGGCAGCCAAGCGCGACAGGGACCACGGGCAGCAAUGGAGCUGAAGAGAGGGAAGACCUUCAUCAAAUCCAGCCUGCAGAUUUCCCACGAGAGAGCCCCAGAGCCAGCAGCCACUGCUCCAGCAAGGGAGGAUGCAGGCUCCAGUGAGAAGGGCUCCCACACCCGGCCCACUGUCCACGGGUCCGAUGGAUGCCCCAACAAGGAGGUACAGUCGGACUCAGAAGCGGGACCUGUGGCCUCUGGGGCCACCUUCAAACUGGUUCGGAAGAGCAAGACCCAUGAGAGUGUACCUGGGGCUGGCAGGGCAGCCGGCACCUCUGGGCAGCUGGUGGGCAGCGCCAGCUUCCCUGGACCUCCCGGAGGCCAGCGCAUGAUUGACUACCGCCACUUUGUGCCCCAGGUGCCUUUUGUGCCAGCUGUGGCCAAGAGCAUCCCGAGGAAGAGGAUUUCCUUGAAGCGGCCCAAGAAAUGCUUUUGGAACCUGUUCCACAUCCGCAGGAACAAGACGGAGAAUGUGGCGGCACUGGUGGCCAAGGGCAAGAGCCUGUCCUCUCCUGGGGGCCUGUCGCGUGCUGCAGGGCGGCGAGGCACCACUUUGCUGCCCCUGGGCGAGGACCCAGGGCUGGAUGGCCUAUGCCACGACCUGUCGGAUGGCGACCUCCUCCUGGACUCAUCUUUUGACCUCUGCAGGGCGCUGUGUGAGGACGUGGCUUCACUCAAGAGCUUCGACUCACUCACAGGCUGCGGGGAGAUCUUUGCAGAUGAAAGCUCUGUGCCAUCCCUGGAGCUGAAUGACAGCCUGGAGAGCCCAGCCCGGGCGUCACAAGCCCCAGAGAGCAAGACUCCUGGAGGCCCCUUCCAGGGUGGGGUGGAGAAGUUGGCGUCACCUGCGCAGAACGAGGUGUCAGAUUUUACCAGGUUCUGGGACAGCGUGAAUCGCUCCGUGAGGCAGCAGCAUCGUGCCCUGCUGGGCCCCUGGCUGGCAGGACCGCAGGGCACAGAUACUGAUCAGCCCAAGUUAGACACAGCUGAGCUGGCUGAGCUGCCCCUGUGCCCCUGCAGGGACCCUCCCAGUGGCUCCAAAGCCAGCUCCAUAGACACAGGGACGCCCAAGAGCGAGCAGCCGGAAUCCGUGUCCACGAGUGAUGAGGGCUACUAUGACUCCUUCUCCCCAGGCCUCGAGGAGGACAAGAAGGAGGCCCCGAGCCCAGGCACACCUGCAGCCACCUUCCCCCGGGACAGCUACAGCGGGGAUGCCCUCUAUGAGCUCUUCUACGACCCCAGCGAGAGCCCUGUCGGUCCAAGCCUGGACGAUGACCUAUGUGUGUCUGAGAGUCUGUCCGGGCCAGCCCUGGGGACGCCACUGUCCAUGUGUAGCUUCCACGUUGGGGCUGAGGAGAACCUGGCUCCAGCACCAGGCCCGGACCUGCUGAGUCAGGGCUUCCUGCAGAGUUCCUGGAAGGGCAAAGAGUGCCUGCUGAAGCUCUGUGACACAGAGCUCGCCAUCACCAUGGGCAUUGUCAACUGGCUCCGCCGCGGCCCCGAGCCCCGCACGCCACACACCGCUGCCCCUGCCCCUGCUCCUGGGGAGUCUGCACCCCCACUGGGACCCCAGAAAGCUCCUGGGGGACUUGUACAAAAGCAGGAAGGCAGGGUGGACCGGGCCUCUGAGACACGCAGAGCCACAGUGUGCUCAGCACCCAGCAGGCAGGCACUCUGGGUGCAUUCGGGCACCAAGGGCCUGCCUGCUGGAGACAGCACCAGCCUAGCAGGGGCCGUGGGGGACCCCUUUUUAGAGGAAGGGAGACAGGACCACUCCGAUGGCCGGUUCUCCUCUGUGGGGUCUGUGGCCACAGCAGCAACAACAGACGCUUCUAAUAAAAGCAAGACCCCGGCACCCCCUGCCUGGCCUAGCUUGCAGAAGGAGCCCCGACCACCAGGGAACCUGGGCUGUUUCCAAGACCCACGCAGGCCAGAUCAGGAGGGGAGCACUCUGGAUGCAGAGCCCGUGUUGACAGGCUGUGUGGCCCGGGUGGCAGCCUUGCAAAUUGACCCAGAUAGCCAGUCCCUGGUUGCGCAGCCUCUAAGGGAGGCCAUGGGCAGUGGGCUUUUCAGACAGCCCCAUGCCAAGUGCCCUGAGAAUAUGCAGCAGGACCAGCUGAAGAGCUCUCCCAGCAAGGCUGCUUCCUGUGACUUGCUCUCCCCAGCCAGCCUACAAGACCAGAGAUGUGCAGACUUCAUCGUGGACCUGAGCCAGCUCACGGUGGAGCCAGUGGGGCUGAGUGCCCGGGCCUGUGCAUCUGUGGAGGACCAGCCCCUGCCACCCAGUGCAGGAGCUGUGGAGCAGGCAGUACAGAGGGAUCAGCUGGACUCUGAGCCCCCGUUGGCCACCGUUGUACAGCAGAACUCCUGGAGCCACUCCCCAGAAAUCCUGGGCCUCACUUUGGAUGGCCAGUGGGACAGGGGACCCUCUGCAAGUGUCCCCAGAUGUUGCUGCAGCCUCCUGGCCCACGAGGACCUCCUCGGCAACCAGCCAGAAGCCGGCGGCCCCCGGCCGGCCAUGGCAGAGCCCCACCUGUAGUGGGGGCCGUGCUUACUGGGAGGUAUGUUCGUAUGGUCACAUCCAGGAGAGCUUGGUAUGCAAAUCCCCACCUUGGCCCUGAUGUGAGGACUGUGGUUGAGGGGGAGGGGGUGAUCGGACUCACGCAGGCGAGGACGAGGCAUUUGCAUAUGGAGGCAUCCUUGAACCCACUGCUCAGGCAACCCAAGGCCACGGACAGUGUGACAUGGCAAACACUUGGCUGCUCCUUGUGCCCCAAGUAAGGGAGGCACUCAGGCCUGAGAUGGAUGGGAAGGAAUUGGUCCAGACUCUCAUAUACAUAGGGUGACAGGACACCUACCUGCAUGGGAUGUGUGAGGCUGACUGGGGUGGGAGACAGAGGGAUGUAAGGCCAGGAGGGCCCCUUCCCCACCCUAACCUAUUCUCUGCCAGGGGCCAGGUGGCCACAACACAAUAGGGGACUGAAGAGCUCUUUCCCGACGAAAGCCUUGAACUCACAUCGUGUGGUACUUUGCAGUCCUGCUGGGGCCAACGCCGAUAGAGCCUACACAGUGAGGUGGCUGGAGUCUCUGUCCCAGAUGGUUCCACACGGUGAUCUCCCAGAUAUGUGCUCUCUAACUGAAAAUCACAUUUGGCAAAACGCUCUCUGGGAAACUGCCAGGCCACGCUUCCUGACACUGCCAUUCUAUUGGGAGGAGCAAAGGCAUUCGACUUGACUCCUCCCCACCCCCCUGCCUUCAGAAAAUCGGGAAAAUUUGCCUUGGAAUGGGGUUGUGCCCCCGAAUCCCAGGAGACGCAUACACAGCACUCAGAUGUUUAGAAUCGUGGCGGUGGGGGAAGGGAGCUGGUGAGCACAGGAAGGGCCAGUUGUCCAUUCUGGCUCAGUGUCAGACCAGCAGGUGCAGGGACAGAGGGCUCAGUCACAUCGUCAAGGAUUGGAUCCUACCUCAGCCAAAACACCGUGGCAAGACACGAGGGAUGGAACACGACUCGCAGCGUGAGAUUUAUUGCUGGAGGAAAGGCCAGUGUGGGAAAAGGUCAGCGGAUGAGUCUCAUUCCCUGCCGAGCUCCCUGGAGCAGAGGAGAGGGAAGCGAGGGGUGCUUGCUCUGACAGCCUGCACAGGCUGGGGUUUGCAAUGAGGGCUGUAGUCUGGAAGGUGGCAGGGGCGCAGUGCACCUGCUCACUGUCACUUGGUCUCAGGCUGGCAAAGCUCCUGUGUUCUGUGUCCACAGUAGUUCAGAUGCUUGCUGGGUGCAGGUUGCAGGCUGCAUCCAGUUGGCACACAGCAGAGGCUCAGGGCUGCCCAGGACCUGCCCACUGAGCCCUGUGGGAGCAGGAUGCACUCAGCUCAGCUCACCUGAGCUCAGCUCACCUGAGCUGCCUCAACCUCAAUGCACUUCUUACUGUCAUCUACUGACUGAUAAGCAGAUGGCCCAGGGCAUGGGAGUGACUUACCCACAGACACACAUAGCCAGGACGUGGGGUGGAUGGGGUGUGACUCCCAGACCAGGAGUCAAAGCCUUGCCCCAGCAGGCUCUGAACACACUGAGCUCCUGCUGCCAAUGACCCUCGGGGAGCCGUCCCCUUCCUGUCUUGCCCUCUCCCUCGGGUGCCAGUCAUGUGUCCCCCCCACCCUGCCUGCAGCAUGGGAGCCCCCCGGGGGAGGCAGGCCACCCUCCCUCAUUCACAGGGCUUCUCACUGCCCCUGACAGAGUCAAUGCUCGGUGAAUACUUGCUGGAAGAAUAAAAGGUCAAAAAGCU